UUGUUGUUUGCCAGCUGCUGACCUGAACUUCAGUGAAGAAGCAGCAGCAGCAGCAGAAGUGGAGAAUCAUGGCAGAAUCCUCAGAGACCAAAGUGCAGCUGGUUUACAAAGCCAUCCGAGCUUUCCCAGACUUCCCGAAGAAAGGCAUCCUGUUCAGAGACAUCUGUCCCCUUCUGAAGGAUCCAGCUGCUCUGACAGCAGUGACCGACCUGUUUGAAGAACACGUGAGGAACAAUUACAAACAGGUUGACUUGAUCGUAGGUUUAGAUGCACGUGGUUUCCUGUUUGGGCCUCUGCUCGCCCAGCGGCUGGGUGUUGGCUUCGUCCUGAUCAGAAAGACAGGCAAACUGCCCGGAGCCACUGCAUCUGUGGCGUAUGAUUUGGAGUAUGGCAAGGCAGAGGUAGAGGUCCAGGAGGAUGCAGUGGCUCCAGGACAGAAGGUUCUGCUCAUUGAUGACCUUCUUGCAACUGGAGGGACAAUGUAUGCAGCCAUUCAGCUGAUGAGGAAGCAGGAGGCUGAUGUUGUGGGCUGCAUGGUGGUCAUCGAGCUCAAAGAGCUCAACGGCAUUGACAAGCUCAAACCUCACAGUGUGUUCUCCGUGGUUCAGUACUGAGGACACUUCAGCUGCCGCACUGGAAACAGGACAGACAUGGUUUUACAACCAGUAGGUGACUGUGUCUGAUCUGAUCUGCAGUUCACUUAUAUUUUUAGAGUUUUUACUUCGAACAUUUAUGGUUUUCUAUUUUCGUCAGAGAUAUAACAUGCAUGCUUUGGGGAUGACGAAGGGGACAAGGAGACAAUUUGGUUUCCAUGGUUCCUUCAGGUGUCUUGGAAUGUCUUCAAUUUUCUGUUCCCCUCUGGGAUCACGCCCUGUUCCCCCGUGUGCCAAAACUGGAAGAAGCUGUUAUGGAUGUAGGGAUGGACUGAUACAAAGGUAUACCAUUUACUGUGGCAUAUUAAAUGACCACAGGUUAAUGUUUGUGGAUAAUUUAAAGACUUUAAAGUCUUUACGUCUUAAUGUUUGUGCACAGUGUGUAUUUGCUGGACAUAUGAGUUCAGCUCUGAUAAUUAUUCCAGUAUAUUUAAUUAUUUGAUCACUUACUGGUGCUGAGAAAAAUGGCCCAUUUCAAUUCAGGUAAAAGCUAAAGGAAAGUUAAGGGAAUUUAAAUCCAUUGUUUGUCUCUCUACUGGUGCACCUCUCCUGUGUUCAGCUUUGUCCUUCUUUCUCUUUGUAUCACAAAUGGAUUGAUUCCAUGACAGAAUAAAAUUAAUAAUGAAAAGCAAAGAAGUUGUAAUGCUUACCCUGUAUGUGCAAAGGUGAAUGCAGUAUUAGACUGACAUGACAAUGUCAUUCCGGCCAUACGAUCAUAAAUUAUUUUGAAUCUAAACAA